UGUGGUGGUGGAGUCUUCGGCGGCGGCGGCUAUUGCGGCAGUGACGGCGGUGGACCAAUGAGAACCGGAGAAAUGCUUACGUCACAGUACAAGGCUGGGCGGAGGAUGGGUGCGCAAUUUGUUUCUAAACCGGUAAUAUUGCUGACAUACCUAUUUAUUUUGUCAUGCCUCGUAUAAAGUUAGGAUAUGUUAGGUAAUAAGAAUGUUUUUGUAGUCAUUUCAUUGUCACAUUAUCAGUAGCCGAUGUGCAGCCAUCUUUAAUCGCGUUGAACACUAAACUGGCGACGUCGAUGCGGUAGCUCACUGUUGGCAGCUGACAGCUGUUCCAUCCUGCAUUUCUAACCUGUAGCUGUGAUUCUUUUUCUUGCCAAGUUUUUUUAACAGCUCUCAAAUAGUCAAGUCCCAUGCCGUUUGUCUCACGUUGUCUCCAUGUUCUUCUAUUAACGUUUAAUAUUAUGAAAUACAAUUUGUGAUGUGCUUUUCUCGAAUGUCGAUAAUUUUUUAUCGUAUUUAAAAUAUUUAUUUUCGGGAAUAUAGUUGUUUACGCGUGAAAAGUGUCUAUUGUCAAUCUAGUGUCAUAACCAACAACCAUCAUGGCCGACAAUCCCCUGUCUGAAAAACUCGAGGAGCAAAUUAUGAAUUUGAAUAUUUCUAAUAAAUCAUGUUCAUCUGGAAUAAUUAGUCCUCAGGCUACAAACACCGAUGACUCCAACAAUGAUGAUAUCAAGAAUAGUUCAUGUAGUAAAUCAAUGGCAAUAAAGACUAAAAUAAUCUGUUCUGAUAACCAAAAAUCAGAGUGUGAUAUUAUUUCAUCCAAGAAUACAAUUUCUAAGUGUCAGGAGAAGAGCGAUGAAAAUGAUUGGGAGGACAUCGAUGACAAAAGAGAUGCAUUUAUAAGUGAUUUACCAGAUUAUACAGUACUAUUAACGAACCCUGUAUAUUUAGCGUCAAAUGUUGAUCAACAAAAAAUAUAUUAUUUUAUGAAUUCAGAUCCUGUAGCAAGACGUUUUAUUAAUGAAAAAUCACUUUUUGAUCAAGACAUUUGGGCGUAUGAUAAAAACGAAAUUGUUGAAAUUGUUGAUUAUAAAUGUUCCAUAGAUAAAUCAUUUUAUUUAGUUAAGUGGAAAAAUUGGUCAGUAGGAUUUAAUACAUGGGAAACUGAUGAAGCUCUAAAAUUUUGUAAAGAACACAUAUUUGAAUUUAAAAAUAAAAAUCAUUUUUUUAAUAAGCAUGUAAAUAUAAUGCAUCUAAUGUUAUCUAGACAAGUUAUCACACGAUUAUUUGAUCUAUACAGAACUUCAACUGGAUUAUGUUUGCAAUUAAGUACACUUGAAGAAGUUUCUAUUACAUCCAAUGCUCUUGGACAUGGUAAUAAAAAUGCACGAAGACUUCGAAAAAUGUGUUUGAAAACACAGUUGGCACUUUUAUCUUUGGAUUUUUUUAGAGAACGACAAGUUCGUGAACUUAAAGAUUGGGAGAUACAUAUAAAAAUAAUUUCACCGAAUUGUAAUAUUAAAGUAGAAAAUAACAUGGACCUUGAAGAUCCACCAAUUUCAUUUGUGUACAUAACUGAUUAUUAUAUUCCUGAAGGCAAAAUUAUCAUUCCAGACAAUCCGCCAUCCGGUUGUCUUUGUAAAAAUGACUGUUCAUUUGAUAUUAAUUGUUGCAAAACAUUAUCUGGUUCAGUUGCUUAUGAUAAAAUGAAAAAUGUAGUAGUAACCGCUGAUUGUCCAAUAUUUGAAUGUAAUAAGAAAUGUCAAUGUUCGUCAUCCUGUAUUAAUAGAGUAGUUCAACAUGGUAGCAAGGUAAAAGUUUGUAUUUAUAAAUCUACGUUCUCUGGCUGGGCACUAAAGACUUGUCAAAACAUUUAUAAAGGUCAAUUUGUAGGCAUAUAUGUUGGCGAAAUUAUUACAGUUAAAGAAUAUAAUCAACGUUUACAAAAUUCCUCAUCUUCUAUCGAUUACAUGUGGAAAUUAGACUUCAAUGAUACAACAAAUUUUAAAUACAUUGUUGAUAAUACACAUUAUGGCAAUUUCACAAGAUUCAUCAAUCAUUCAUGUAAGGCAAACUUGAGUAUACAUUCUGUAUGGAUUAAUUGCUUUGAUAGAUAUUUGCCAUACUUGGCUUUAUUUGCUAAUAGAACAAUUGUUGCUGACGAAGAACUUACUACUGAUUACUUUAUCGGUAGGGGUAAAGAUUCUUUGAAAAAAAGUGGCAUUAAAUGUAAAUGUAAAAUGAAGAAAUGUAAAGGCUAUUAUUUUUAAUCAAUAAUUUUUGUCUAAUAAAUAAAUAUAAAUGUAGCAUAUUUUAUGAUUAAUGGUAAUAAUAUAUGGAAGAGGAAGACAGCCUUUUUUCCCAAUUUAUAUUAUUAUUAUCUAAUUAAUUAAUCUUACUAAAUAUGUACAUUUUUUUAUAUGUAUAUAUUUAAAUUAAAAUCAAACCGAUUGAAAUUUAUUAUACUUAAACAAGUUAAUGAUUGAAAAAGUAUUGUUAGUUAAUAUAAGUUAAAUAAGUCUGUAUUAAAACUAAUUUAAGUUUAUUUUUUGUGUCGAUUUUUUGGUUGUUUUAAGAUCAUCUACAAAUCGCUUUAUUUUCCAAUUUAAAAUAUAUUUUAAUUUGUGAUGAACUUUUUACUUGUUACUUUUUCUAUAACAACAAUGAUUAAUAUUUUUGA